AUGAGCAACUCCUCAAGCAACCCAUUUUUAUGGUUAGCUCAUCCUGCGUUGUUAUAUCAUGCUGAUACAUUUAGUCUCCAGUUUGCCCUUAUAAGCAUUUUACAUUUAUGUCUGUGCUUCGUGCUUCUGGGCGUAUGUGCGUCAGACUACCUUUGUCCUAACGUUUCUAAUGUCACAAGCAGUCGACCAAAUAAAGCAAGCAGGGGGAUCUUAACUGCAAUCAUGUUGUCAUGGUGUAAUUCGUCUCCUGAUCUCUUUUCCAAUUUCAUCAGCUGGACAUCCUCUGAUGCGGCUGACCUAUCGGUCGGGGAGGUCCUGGGGUCUUGUGGUGCAAUUCUUUGCGUUGUUCAGGGUGCUAUUUUUAUCUCUAUCUCAUCUACACCAUUGAACAUCGAGCUGAGUCAAUGUCAUAAUGUACUUCGAGAUCUAUGUUUCAUUUUGAUAUCCAUUAUCAUACUUUUUUAUAUCUGUCUGAGAAAUGAGGUGACUGUAUUAAAUUGCAUACUGAUGAUAUCUCUUUACGUUUCAUAUAUUUUGUCAAAAGUCAUUUUCAAAACUUCGGAAGUAAUUGAUGGAGUCGACGGGGCAAGCAUUACAUCGGAUAUAUUACUUGAGCCAAAUACUGAAUUGGAUAGUGCUCUUUUUCCUGAGGCAGACUCUGGAAUCAAACCCAGUCUAUUGACUGCUAUAGACUACACAAAUCUUCUCCACCUAAUGGAAAGCUCAUCAACACUGGCAGAUGAUGUUAUUACGAUGAGAACUUUGAACUCAAACCGUUCAGAUGAAAAUAUCAUUACAUCAAGGCCACUGACAGAGCCCGUAACAGGAGCACGACGUCAACCAUAUCAAGAUGCUCCUCUCAAUCACUCUUCCCCAUCCACAUUCAAUCCUUACUUUGAUAAUGAAGAUCAAAAUGCCACAGAGACGGUUUUACCACCGCAGAUCAAGUUCGAUAAAAUUAUACAGAACAGGCUCGACCGCUUCAAGUCUGGGAUUUCGUUUCUGUUGGUUCCCCACUUAAUUGAUUUUCAAUCAAAAUCUUUAGGAGCUAAGGUAUUAGCAGUUACUGUGACACCAUUUGCAUUUUUUUUCAGGCUCACUUGCCCUCAAUAUGAAGACAUCUUAGAGGUGAAUGAUUCAACGCAAAUAUUAAGAUUGAAAAAUUAUCAUUUACUUCUUCUUCUGACGCAUUCAAUUUUUGCUCCAGUAGCUUCGCUCAUUUUACUUUCCUCCAUAAUUGGCUUCACUGUUCGGAUCUUCUACUGGCCUGUUGUGGUUUUAACAUCGGUAGUGUUACUCAUCUCUGUCACAAUUUUUACUCAACGAGUAAAGUCUCAAGGUCUUUUUUCGCUGAAUUCUGGUGUUGAGGAAAGGUCAAGGGAAAAGAUUACUGUUUACAAGCAUUCCAAACACAUUGUCACUACCUUCAAUUUUAUAGGCAUUUUAAAUUCUAUUCUUUGGAUUUCAGUGCUGGCUGCUGACUUAAUUGAAAUCAUUGAAUUAUAUCAAAGGUUCACAGGUAUUUCCGAGGCAAUAUUAGGUCUCACGAUAUUUUCCUGGGGUAAUUCUAUUAGUGACCUGAUGUCAAAUGUCGCUAUGUGUCAGUUAUACCAGAGGUUACCGGCUCGAGAUGAAGAACAUCGUAUUCAAUCUGCGUCAAAUUUUUUCUUCAUUGCAUUAGGUGCCUGCUUCGGCGGUAUACUGCUGAACUCACUUAUCGGUGUUGGUCUCAGCGGAUUUGUCGCCAUGCUCAUGGGUGCAUCAGGAGCUGACACGAACAAGUGGUGGUUCGAGAGGUCUAUACAGCUGGGAGAGCCCAUUGUCGAUUAUAAGUUUAUUGUGUCGGCUGUUUCAAUUAUCAUCCAAACUAUUGCAUUAAUUGUCGCAUUUAGUGGGAUUCCAACCGUCAUAGCAUUUUUUCAGGAAAGGCAGAGAAACAUUGGUGUUUUCAUGUGUAUAUGGUGGGCGCUCACUACUUUAUGCAACGUUUUUAUAGAGAUUUUGUAG